UACACAAACAUGGCGAUAUCACAACCGGGCAAGAUGCAGUCCUCUCUUCGGUGCUGCUUUUAUUUAUUAGUCUUCUGGGUAGCUGGAAUACAUUCGUCGACCCUUCGUGUGCACCCGCAGCAGCGCUACAUGCUGCCGCAAAACCGAGGAUUUUUCACUGUAGAAGCAAAUGAGGAUUUACUGGACGGAUAUGGAGGAGACGCCGCUGCUUCAGAGCUGCCUCUGGCCGCUCGUAGUGCCGCUAAAGGCGGGUUGGACUCCGGCGCCUAUCCGCAACAUCGAAGCCGCCGGAGCCCUGGUGAAUCGGCCAUGCCAAAGGUGUACGGACAGGCCAACCUGAAUGACUCCCAUAACCAGAUGGUGGUCCACUGGGCUGGAGAGAAGAGCAAUGUGAUCGUGGCUUUGGCUCGAGACAGCGCAGGAGCCACUGGGCCCAAAACCAGCUCUGUCUAUGUGUCCUAUGACUACGGGACCACCUUCACACUUGUUUCAGACAAAUUCCAGCUUCCUGCGAUCAAGGCCAAGGACGGCAGCAAGCAGGUCAUCUCCCAGUUCUACCACAGCCCUGCAGACAACAGGAGGUACCUUUUUGUGGACUCUACCAACAACUAUCUGUGGAAGACCUUUGACUUCUGUACGAGCGUGCAGGGCUUCUCUCUGCCCUUCAAACCCACAGACCUGCUUCUCCACAGCAGAUCCUCCAGCCUGGUGCUCGGCUACGACAGCUCCCACCCAAACAAACAGCUGUGGAAAUCGGACGACUUUGGGGAGACAUGGGUGUUGAUCCAAGAACACGUGAAGACCUACUUUUGGGGCGUGGAGCCUUAUGACCCCCCCACCACAGUGCUGGUCCAGAGACAUGAGCCUCAGGGUGUCUCCACUAUACUCAGCAGCACCGACUUUUUCCAGAGUGAACAAAAACGCACAGUGAUCCUGGAGCAGGCCGACAGCUUCCAGCUCCGAGACAAGUACCUGUUUGCCACCACCACCCGGAAACUGUUUGGCAGCCAUGAACCUUCAUCUGUCCAGCUCUGGGUCUCCUACAACCGCCAGCCAAUGAAAGCAGCCCAGUUUAUGACGCGACAUCCAAUCACAGAGUACUACAUAGCAGAUGCGUCAGAGGACCAAGUGUUUGUGUGUGUGAAUCACCUGAACAACGUCACACACCUCUACAUCUCAGACACACAGGGCCUGUCCUUCUCUCUGUCUCUGGAGAAUGUUCUGUACUACAGUCCUGAGGGCUCUGGCAGCAACACACUGAUCAGGUACUUUGCCAUUGAGCCCUUUGCAGACCUGCACCGUGUGGAGGGGCUGCGAGGAGUGUUCAUCGCCACGCUCAUCAACGGCUCGCUCAGCGAGGACAACAUGCGAUCAGUCAUCACUUUCGACAAGGGGGGGACGUGGGAGCUGCUCCAGCCCCCUGCUGCUGACAGCCUUGGAGGCACGGUGGACUGCCAGCUGGGUAAAGGUUGCUCCCUGCACCUGGCCCAGCGCUGGAGCCAGCUGUUCAACAUCCAGCUGAGGAGGAUGCCCAUUUUAUCCAAGGACUCUGCACCGGGACUCAUCAUGGCCACAGGAUCCUUCGGCAGGAACUUGGCCAACAAACCUAAUGUGUAUGUAUCCAGCAGUGCGGGAGCUCGCUGGAGAGAGUCUCUGGCAGGCCCUUAUUUCUACUCAUGGGGUGACCAUGGUGGUAUCCUGAUGGCUAUUGGACAAGGAGGCGCCACCACACACCUCAAGUUCAGCACGAAUGAAGGCGAGACCUGGACCGACUUCCAGUUCUCAGACAGAGAGGUGUAUGUUUAUCAGCUACUGACGGAGCCCGGCGAAAAGAGCACCAUCUUCACCAUCUUCGGCUCCUAUGCCGACCAGAGGCACAGCUGGCUCAUCCUGCAGGUCAACACCUCUGACGUCCUGGGUGUGCCGUGUUUGGACGCUGACUACAAGCGCUGGUCUCCGUCAGAUGAGCACGGUAACGAGUGUCUGUUGGGCAGAGAGGUGACAUUUAAGCGACGCGCUCCCCACGCUACAUGCUUCAAUGGAGAGGACUUCGACCGGCCCAUCACUAUCGCUAACUGCUCAUGCACCCGCCAGGACUACGAAUGUGACUACGGCUUCAAGCUGAGUGAAGACUUGUCCCUGCAGGUGUGUCUGCCCGACCCCGAGUUCUCUGGCGACCUCUACGCUCCUCCAGUGCCAUGUCCUGUCGGGACCACCUACCGCCGCAGCAAAGGCUACAGGAGGGUCCCCGGAGACAGCUGCAGCGGGGGAGACGUGCAGUCCAGGCUGGAUGGAGAGAUGCUGCCCUGUCCUGUCAGAGAGAGCAAUGAGUUCAUCCUGUACGCUGUGAGGAACUCCAUCCAUCGCUACGACCUGGCCACCGGCACGGACCAGGCGCUCCCUCUGGCCGGACUCAGGGAGGCCGUGGCUCUUGACUUUGACUACGACAGGAACUGCCUCUACUGGGCUGACAUCUCUCUGGAUACCAUACAGCGCCUGUGUCUGAACGGCAGUACGGGUCAGGAGGUGGUGGUGAGGAAAGACCUGCAGAACGUGGAGGCCCUGACCUUUGACCCCGUCAGCAGACUGCUGUACUGGGUUGAUGCUGGAGCGCAGACCAUUGAGGUCUCUAACCCUGACGGCGACCUGCGUCACACUCUGCUCAACUCCUCUGUCCUGGAACAUCCCAGAGCUCUGGUCCUGCUGCCUGGAGAGAGUCUGAUGUUCUGGACCGACUGGGGGGACAGAGCGGCCGGUGUUUACCGGAGCUACAUGGAUGGAACCAAUGUGUCCUGCAUCGUCUCCGAAGGCGUCCGCUGGCCCAACGGGAUCACGGCUGACGACCACUGGCUGUACUGGACCGAAGCCUUCAGCGACCGCAUCGAGAGGGCCGACUUCAUGGGGGGCCAGAGGACUGUUCUCAUGGAUGGGCUGCCCCACCCGUACGCCAUUGCGGUCUUCAAGAAUGACCUGUACUGGGACGACUGGUCCAGGAUGGGGAUCUUCAAAGCUCCAAAGGGGGGUUCCCAGAACAAAGAGCUGAUUGUUGGCAGACUCACCGGGGUCAUGGACCUCAAGAUCUUCUACAAGGGGAAGAACAGAGGUCACAACGCCUGUGCUGACCAGCCAUGCAGCCUGCUGUGUCUGCCUCAGCCCGGCCAUCGGCACACCUGUGUCUGCCCCGACGGAGCCCCCACUGUCACUAUGCCCAACGGAGAGCUGCAGUGCCAGUGUCCCACCGGAUACCUACUGAAAAACAACACCUGCAUCAAGACUGAGCACAGCUGUUUGCCCAACCAGUACCGCUGCUCUAAUGGCCGCUGCAUCAGCAGCAUCUGGAAGUGUGACAGCGACAACGACUGCGGAGACAUGAGUGAUGAACAGGAGUGUCCCACUACGACCUGUGACCCGUCCAACCAGUUCCGCUGCAUGGCCUCUGGCUCCUGCAUCCCUCUGGCCUUCAAAUGUGACCAUGAAGACGACUGUGGAGACAACAGUGAUGAAGCGCACUGCGACACUCACCAGUGCGGCCCUGGAGAGUUCACCUGUGCACGAGGUGUUUGUAUCCGCGAGGCGUGGCGCUGCGACGGAGACAACGACUGCAGAGACUGGUCGGACGAGGCCAACUGCACCGUUGGCCACCAUACGUGUGAGGCCAGCAGCUUCCAGUGUCACACAGGUCACUGCAUACCUCAGCGCUGGAUGUGUGACGGUGAUGACGACUGCCAGGAUGACUCGGACGAAGACCCUCGCUAUUGUGGAGGAACUAAAUGCAACGGCUUCCUCUGCUCCAAUCACACCUGCCUGCCCUCCACCGCGCACUGCAACGGCAUCCGAGAGUGUUCAGACGGCGCUGAUGAGCACAACUGUGACCCGCUGUGUACUCGCUACAUGGAGUUUGUGUGCAGGAACCGAGCCCAGUGUCUGUUUCAGUCCCUGGUUUGUGACGGCAUCAAACACUGCGAGGACGGAUCUGACGAGGACGCAGACUAUGCUGGAUGUGCCACUCCAACUGAGUUUGGCAAAGUGUGUGAUGCCUACACCUUCCAGUGUGCCAACGGAGUGUGUGUGAGCCUGGAGUGGAAGUGUGACGGCAUGGACGACUGCGGGGAUUACUCUGACGAAGCCAACUGUGCUGCUCCCACCGAGGUCCCAGGAUGCUCCAGGUAUUUCCAGUAUGAGUGUAAAAACGGCCGCUGUAUUCCAACGUGGUGGAAAUGUGACGGAGAGAACGACUGUGGGGACUGGUCUGAUGAGGCACAGUGUACAGGUGGCGUUACUCCUCACACUGUGGCCCCUGGCCCCUCCACUUGUGCGCCCAACCGUUUCCACUGUGACUCCGGUGCCUGCAUCACCGACACCUGGGUGUGUGAUGGAUUCGCUGACUGUCCCGACGGCAGCGAUGAGCUGGGCUGCCCCACAGUAGCUAACGGCUCUGCGACACUGGCUCCAGUACCCACUCAGGCGCAGCCCUCCCCACAUCGCUGCACCCGGGGGCAGUUCCUGUGUCGCCAACCCCCCCACUGCAUCCCCGACUGGCAGCGCUGUGAUGGACAGCUCCACUGCCAGGACGGCUCUGAUGAAGCCCACUGCCCCACCCGUGGGCCCCUCCUCUGUGUGAACGGCUCACGCUGCUUUGAUGGUGAGGCCUGUGUUCUGGACGGUGAGCGCUGCGACGGCUUCCUGGACUGCUCCGACCACAGCGACGAGGACAACUGCACCCAGGACACACUGGCCUAUAAAGUCCAGAACCUCCAGUGGACUCCGGACUCCUCGGGUGCCAUCACAUUGACUUGGUCCCGCCCAAAAAACCUCCCUCUGGACUCCUGUUACUUCCUCAUAUACUACAGGCUGGUGGGCACCCAGCAGUGGACCAUCAUGGACACCCACAGCAACAAGACCAGCUACAAACUGGCCGUGCUGAAGCCAGACACCACCUACCAGGUCAAGGUGCUCACUCAGUGCCUCAGCAGGCUGCACAAGACCAAUGAGGUGAUCACGGUCAGGACACCCGAGGGCUUGCCCGACCCACCCAGGAACCUGCAGCUGUCUUGUGACAACAGUGAGAACGGGACAGUGGAAGUGUCCUGGAGCCCCCCUGACAAAGGACACGGCCUCAUCAGAGAGUACAUUGUUGAGUACAGUAAGAGAGGAGAUCCUGAUUGGAUGUCACAGAGAAGCUUAAGAAACCACAGUGAGGUGAAGGAGCUGCGGCCGGACACUCUGUACAGCUUCAAGGUGGCAGCAGUGACCAGUCGGGGUGUGGGCAACUGGAGCGAGGUUAAGUCCAUAACCCCGAAGAAAGCUCUGCCUCCCCCCUCUGUGAUCGCCGACAGCAUCACAAACGACUCCAUGAGCCUUUCAUUCAGCUUCAACUCCCCGUACGAGGUGAAGCAGUACAUAGUGAUUCUGUCCUGGCAGUUUGACAUGCAUGUGAAGGAGAGCAGAAACUACACGGUCAAAGAGGGGAUCCUCAAAGCUACUAACCUGACAGCAGGCACUCUGUAUGAGGUGGCUGUUUGGGCUCACACCAGUAUAGGAGACAGUCCCACUGCUCUGUCCCAUCAACAGACUACUGGUACUCAGCCGGACCGGCCCCUCCUUAAAACCCGGGCCCUCAACCAGACUGCUGUGGACUGCAGCUGGACCAUCGGCAAUGCCACUGCUCAGGUGUACGGUGUGUUUUAUGCCACCUCCUUCCUGGACCUUUACCGCAGCCCACGUCAGGUCAGCUCCACGUCUCUCAGCCUGACAGUCACAGUGGACAGCGACGAACAGUAUCUCUUCCUGGUGCGCAUCGUCUCUCCCUUCCUGGGUCCUCCCUCUGACUACUCUGUAGUGAAAAUGAUUCCCAACGAGCGGCUGCCCCCCAGGAACCUCCAUCGUGUGCGAGUGGACAAAACACAGGCCACGCUGAAGUGGCAGCCCCCGUACGACGCCCCCAGCGCAGCCCUGACAUAUGCCAUCCAUGUGCGGGACGUGAUUCGUAAGGAGGAGUAUGACUACAAGCUGACCACUAAGAACAACACGGUGGAAUACCUGCUGAAAGGCCUGGAGCCCGGAGGAAGAUACAGCAUCUCUGUCCGCCUGCGCAACAUGAGCAAGGAGGCCAGCUUCACUCUCAGCACAGUCCCUCUUCCGGCUCCAGAAGCCCUGAAGAUUUUCACAGAGAAAGACCACGUGUUGCUCUUCUGGAAGAGUCUGGCCGUAAGGGAAAAGGGCUUCAAUGAGAGCAGGGGCUACGAAGUGCAUGUGUAUGACAGUGCAACCAACCAGACAUCGUUCCUGGGAAACACCACAGACACGUAUUUCCGCAUCAACAGCCUGCUGUUGGGACACAACUACACGUUCUCCGUGCAGGCCCGCUGCCUGCUCAGCGGCCAGCUGUGUGGGGAUCCUGCACUGCUGCUCUAUAACCAGCUGACUGCAGUGGCCAGUGAUGCCUCCCGUGGUCAGGGCCACUCAGGAGACAUGGCGGCGGUGGUGGUCCCGGUCCUCUUCCUGCUGCUGCUGGGGGUGUGCGGGGGCUUGGUGGCGCUCUACCUCCGACACCGCCGUCUGCAGAACAAUUUCACCGCCUUUGCAAACUCUCAUUACAACUCCCGUCUGGGCUCUGCCAUCUUCUCCUCCGGGGACGAUCUGGGUGAUGAUGAUGAAGAUGAUCCCAUGAUCAGUGGUUUCUCAGAUGAUGUUCCCAUGGUCAUCGCGUAGCAAGACGUCCAUCCAUUAGCUAUUUCUCUCUUUUCUUCUCCCCUUCUCUUCUUCCGUCUGCUUUACUCCCCUUUACUCCCCAUCAGUGGUGCGGUACGAUGGAGUGAAGAGGAAACAGGCGGACACUCCUCCAUCCCAAAUCGGACGAAAGGAUACCACCCUAAUUAGCAGGAAACGUGAAGAAAAAAAGAAAAGUGUAAAGAGAGAAAGAGAUAUUUUUCAAAUAUACAAUGCACUUUUUUUGGAUGCGCAAUAACUUAUUUUUUAUAAUGUUAAAUAUAUAUAUAUAUGGGGUCAAAAAAGGACUGGGAGGAAAAAAGUGGACACUGAAGCAAACUGUGAAGGAUUUGAGUUUGUCGAGACCCUGUUUGUAAUGCAAACUCACUAUCCAUAGGAGCGGUUCAUUGCUUAAAGCCAAAAUAAGCAUACAGAGACUGUAACAUAGAAUGCAAAAAAACACACACAUAGGAAAAAUAAUACAGAUAUAUAGACAAAUGAUGUAUACAAGAUGUAUAGAAAGAAAAUAUAAGAGCAGUAAUGGUUACAUGUAUUGGUAAAAGAACACUAUGUUCUAUACCAUAUAUCUUUCAAUUGGUGCCCCGUGUGAGGCUGUCCGACGAGCCAACUCUGGAUCAUGUUGCAUCAUUUACAGAAUCUGAAGUAUAUGUCGAUUUGUCACUGGUUCGGAAACUGUCUAUUAUUGUAAACCCAUUAACACGUCUUUGACACUUAACAGAACAGCUGAGUAAUCGGAUCGUCCAAUGGCAUCGUGUAGUGACCUCACACCUUUAUUUUUCCACCACCAGCACACUGUUGUCCGUAUGUAGACGCAAAAGAUGAAAGAAAAUGUCUAUCCCUCACAGUCCAGUUCAUCAGAUCUAUUUGUAAAUAUUGGCUUUUAAUAUGUCCUCUCCUUUUAAUGCUGCACCAUAAUUCUGUAAAUGUGUUUUCUUUUUUUUUAUCAUUCUGGACCACACAUUUUUCGUCACCAGCAUUUUGCCAUUGCUGUAGUCGUAGAGAAAGUGGGUUCUCAGGGAACUGUGUCGGAGCGGACACCAGCGCAGCGACACCAUCACCCCUAUGGCUCAAGCAGCACUCUUCUACUGCUGAAAAGGUACAGAAACCUUUUAAGAGGUACUGGCUGGAUCAGAAGACGCAGAUCAAUUUCAGUUUAGUUGUGAUGAAGAGUCAGGUUCAGGCCCGGCAUUGAGUUCAGAAAAAGAUUAAGAGGGUCGAUUCGAUCAUAAAGGAAAACGUGUUUUGAUCUGUAGUAGUCUAGUGAUACAGAUAGCUUAUGGUUAUAUCUGUGAACUUGAACAGCAACUUCUUUUCCAGAAAUUGUUUGCUUGCUCCUCGAGCUUGAUUCUCACAGACCUGACUUUCUGAUGCAAAACAAGUACCUCUGAACAUGUUGACACCGUUUUUUUCCAGGGUUUGCAUCUGUCACACCAGAAAGUGGUACAACAUUUGGUACUAAAGUUUUGUUGACAUUCUGACUUGUCGUGGGGCUAGCUGACCAUUUACUGUGCCUGAGAAGCUUACCAUACUAGCUAGCUAAUGAUGUGCAAGCACGAGCCACUUACAAUAGGCAACCAAGUUACCUAGUAAUCCCGCUAUUACAUCAAUGCUAUACAAGUGGCAUACAAGUAUUCCAGAUAGCUAGUAGCCUGCUAGUUAGCUUGUCCACUAACCAGAAAGGAAGAUAGCUCUUUUAGGUUUUAGUUUUACAAUGAUUCAAAAGUGGUCAUCUUUUUAAGUUAGGUUUUAGUGAAUCAGAAAACAAAAUUUUGAAUAUUUAUUUAGCAAAAGCUCUCCUUUUUCAUAAAGACGGGCUACGACAUUUUUGGUCUGGUCAUUGAUCAACGGCAACUCCUCAAAUUAGCUGCGUGCUUAAUUAGCAAUUCAGUCUUAAUUUCCCACAGUACAGGAAGGUGUUUUAAUUUGUUUUGCUGUCGUUAAGCAAUUCAUAAUUGUUUUAGCAUUGGUGGGUUUAUUUUACUUUCAUGAGUGAAUCCAAUCAACAUGAUGUUUUGAUUGCAAUAACUACAUUUUCCGUUACAAUUAUUGGUGUAACUUGGCCCCAACAGUUUCUGGAAACAUACAUUCUUUUGAUAAAAAAAAAAGCCUUUUUAUUUAAUGUUGUGAGACUCACAUUUUUACCCACCUGCAUUUUAUUGGUGUGGAGGCUGAGAGCCACACCUCACAAACUGGUCAAGUGAAACCUAAAAAAAGCGCAUGGCUAGACAGCAAGUGUGAGUGACAAAUCAUGUGAUUUUUGUUAUUGGAAUGGUCCUUUUAAUUACCAGUUAGUGGUACCAGCUGAACGAUAAAAAUGUCAUCGUCUUAAUUCUGCUCGUGCCGCCUAACCUGACUCUAUGCUGUAGUCUAUGAAAAGGUGUUUGGCCUUGAGCCGUUUGAACUGAUGGUGUUCUGCUUUCUAUUGACCUUGUUCUUGUUUAGUUUGUUAAAAUGUCUUCAUGAAUGUAUUUUAUAUCUGUACUUUUAAAGGUACUGUCCCAGCUCAUUAUGCUACUAUCUCCACCUGUUAAGUGAAUGCACACUGGUUUUACCGUUGCUAUAGUGACAUAGUAACCCAUUCACUAUGGAUGACAGACUUUGUGUUUGCACUCUGUAGACUGGCUUCUGCAGACAAGUCUUAGUUUUUAUAACCCCAGCCCAAUUCCCAAACCCAGAGCAACAAACCGUUUUUGUCAGGAAGAGCCCAGAUAUUUUUUUUUCAUCAUGUCACUAUUCUCCAAAAUCAUCAACAGUGUCUGACCUGACAUUGAAGGUUUCCCCAGACUUCAGCUUAAUUUCAUGCAUUCCUCCACCAUGUUCGUCAUUAUGUUUUCUUGACCUUAAAAUCAGAUUUUCUGGCAUUAAUGCUGUUUUUUGCUCUGUGGAUUUUCUGUUUUCUGAUGUUCUGUUUUGCCGCAUAAUGCCUUAUUAGAACACAAUGGGUUUCUAUGUAAGUAUGUUUGUAUGAUAGAACACAAGUGCACACGCAUGCAUACACACAGUCACACACGACCCUGUACACACAGCUAAGCAGGCUGAAAAGUAGGCUAGUAUUUGGGCAUUUGGUUCAUUUUGUCAGAUCACUGCUCCUUCCUGCACUGGCUGCUGUGAGCCGGCCGCUCUCUCUUUUUAGUCAGGGUUUACACGUGUACAAAGUUGAAUUAUUGGUUAUUAUGUGACCGUUUGCUCCCCACUUGUCUUAAUGUUGACUCUUGUCAAAUAGUUUGCUUCAAAAUGUUGUUUGGCACAGAGUUUGAUCAUGUUGGCCAUGUUUGAAGAUUUUAAUGUCUUGCUUGCUUAUCUCGGAGGUUGCAAGAACAAUGAGACGUUGGAGAAAGUGUGAGGUGUUUUAAAAACCACUUAUACUGAAAUAAAGUUGCUGAAAAUCAAA